AUGAACUAAAAUUUAAAAUAGCAAGUAGAAAAUGCUAAGGAAAUGGGUUUUAGAAGCGAUAUUAUAGAAAGAGCUUAGUAAAUGUAUUCGAAAGGUGAUAAUUUGAUAGACUUGUGCUUAGAAAUUUAGUCAAAUUAAAAUUAAAAUCAGAAUCUAAUAUAGAAUAUGGGACCAUCUCCAUAGCUAAGCCAUAAAAGAACAGAUUCUUAUAUGGAUCAUAUUGAUUACGAUUAGGACUUUAAUCUUACUGAUAGGAUUAGAAAAAAGAAUCAUCCAGUUGGACUUAUGAAUGUGGGAAAUACUUGUUACUUUAAUUCUCUAAUCUAAUCUUACUUUAAUAACUCAGAAUUCUGUAAGUAUAUAUUAAAGUAUCGCUACCCAUCACGACUCGAUUUCAACAAACUAACCAAAUAUUUAGGAGAAUAAAAAUCUAAAAGGGUUAUUGCAUCAAUCAAUCUUGUUGUACAUUUGCAAAGACUUUUUUCAUUUAUGGUUUUAUCAGAUAAGAAAUUUUUCAACCCAACUAAUCUUCUCAAGAACAUAGUUAAUGAUUUUGGUGAAAGGUUAAAGAUUGGUGAUUAGUAAGAUAUUGGAGAAUUCAAUUUAACAUUUUUGAGUAGAGUAGAAGAAGGUUUAAUUUAUUCAGAAAAUAAUGUUACAAAACUAGAAGAUAAGUGGCUUGCUGAAUCAUCUUCUCAAAAUUCCUAAGCUAGUUGUGAUACACAAAGCAAUUAGGAAGAAUUUGAAGAAGAUAAAAGAAUUAAAAGCUUAUUUUUUGGAAAACGUACUCAAGUAAGUAUUUUUUAUCAAGAUGAAUAGGAAAUAAAGCAUUAGGAAUCCCAAUAAUUCUCGUCAAUAUAUUUACAAACAGAAUGUAAAGAUUUAAUUUCAGCUUGGGAAGAGCAGAGAAAUUACACUGUCGAUGACUUUAAGAAUGAUAAAAAUGAAAAAGUUAUUGCAUCUAUGCAAUUUUGGAUUUCUAAAAUCCCAGAAGUUCUUCUAUUCUAAAUUCAAAGGAUGUAAUACGAUCAAAAAACUAAAGAAGUAGUAAAAAUUCAUACCGAAUUCAGCUUUGAUAAGGAAAUUUAUGUUGAUCGUUUCCUAGAAGUCAACAAAGACAUGUAUUUCUAAAUUUAGAAUAAGCAGCAAUCUUUGAAAAAAUAAAAAGACGAUUUGAUUUAGUAACUGGAAUAUUACUAAAAUUAUAGCUAGAGUUAGCUAGGUAUUCUAUAAAUACUAGAAUUAACUUAAAAGUUUUACCAAGACCCCAUCUAGAAAGAUUUGUAAAUUGCAGCUGAUGCAUAAGAGAAAAUUGUAUCAAUUUUAGACCAAAGCAAAAUUAAAUGCCUUGAAAAAAUAUAAUCUCUUGAAUCUCAACUUAAGAAAAUCAAAGAUGAAGAGGACCUAUUAUUUUAAUCAAUGAAAAAUUAAAAAUAUAUUUUACAGUCUAUUCUAAUUCAUAAGGGUAGUUCUGCUGAGUUUGGACAUUACUUCAGCUAUAUUUACGAUUUAAACUAAUAGAAGUGGUUUAAAUAUGAUGAUAUUAAUUGUAUUGAAGUAGAAGAGUCUGAAGUGCUGAGAAAUGCAAAAGGAUUUGCAGAUUAAAGUGCUUACGGUUUGAUUUACAUUAAUGAAGAUUUAGCUAAAAAAAAUAGGGAAACAAUCUACAAAUAAGAUUCAACUAAUUUAGUAUAGUAUCUCCCAUAAAAUUUAAAGGAAGAACUAAUUAAAGAAAAUAAGUAAUUCUAAACUGAUUUGGAAGAAUAUCACCUAGCUUAGCAAGCCAGUUUAAUAAUAAGAGAAUACGAUAAGAGAUUUACUUUUAUUGAGUAGUACAUUAGAAAGUUUAAUAAAAUGAGUAUUGACAAAAAAUUCCCUUGCCUAAUUAAUUUUGGAGGUUUUUUAUAUUAUCAAGGUUUAUUAAAUUAUUUCUAGCUGCAUCUGUUAGACACCAGCCUAAAGGCUUAAAUAUCACCAUCAUAUGGACUUCAUGAUCUUCUCAAUGAUUAAAAACUUUUAUUAAAAUUAAAAGAAUAGAUUAGAAAUUUAUAUUAAAAUAGAGGAUUCAAUUUAAAUUAUUCAAAUAAAGAAAUACAAUUUAUUGAGAUGAAAUUUGCCGAAUACAUUCAGAAUGUGAAAUGCUGUAUAAUCAGUUGUAUAAUUAUGGAGAGUGCUUUAAAUUAAGAUUGGGAAAAUAGCUUAAUAGCUAUCUACAAGCUAAUAAAAAUUAAUAAUCCAGAGUAGGCAUACUUUAGAUCCUUCGGAGACUUUAAUUUAAGCCUGAUACUGCUAAAAUUGAGCUGCUUAAUUUUUGAUUUCUGUGGCCAAGAUACUCCAUAAAAUAUAUUUAAAAUAGUUACGAUUAUUGUUGCAUUUAGUAAGAAUCUUCCAAAGAACUAUGAAUUAGUGUUAAAACAAAUAAAGCAAAAUUUGAAUGAUUUUACUAAAAAUGCAGAAUAGAUAUUUGACAAGACAACUUUAAAAAGCUACAAUGAACAUUUAAAGGCAGUAACAGACUAAAGUAAAAAUGAUUAGUAUGCUUCAAUAGUAUAAAAACCAUAUGAACUGAUUGAAAGAAAAAUAGAAGAAAUACAGAAGGAUAUGGAUAAUAUGUAUAAUUGGAGCAUAGGUCUGAGUGAAGACAAGUACUUAAAUAGGCUUUUAGAAUUACAGAAGUAGUUUGAUUAGAGCUCAAAAAAAUUUGCUUCGUUCUUCAACUUAAUUUUUUAAAAGUAAUCUACUUUUGGAUUGAAAGAAAGAGUGAAUACUCUUCAUUCCGAUAUCUUUAAGAAAUGA